AUGUCCUCAGCUGUGGAAGCAUAUGGCGGAGAUGUUAAUUUUGAUCGAAGACUAAUAGAACGAAUAAUAUUAGAUUUAGCGGAGACUUUUGAGAUCAGGGUUGUGUGGGAACAUGAGACAGCGAUUCUAACGGGAGUCUUCGCCGUAGCCGGAGGUCUGAUAGGAGGGUUCACAGGAGGAAAGAUGGGGGCAGCGGUAGGGGCCGGCAUUGGAGGAGCUGCGGGAUUUGGAGCCUCAAAAGUGAUAUCUCUUCAAGACAUCUGGAACAAAGUUAAAGACAAUUUAAAGGAACUUUUUUAUAUUGUUGUGAACAUCUUGCGACGCUUCGACUAUUCAGACUAUGAAAGAGCAUAUUACAUUAUAAUGGCUUGUGCUUCAAGCCGUAGGGAGCUGGUAUUAACUAUUAUUGAGUUUAUUGCUGAUAAAUUGAAACGACAUGUCUUCUCUAGUAUUCAAUCUUAUUAA